CCCUUCACGAUCCCCAGCGUUGACGCGUUCGGAGAUCCAUACGCAUUUGCAAGCUCACGAUAGCAUAGCAAGCACCAUUAUUUCUGCGUAUAUGCGGUGCUUGCACGAUUCCCUUUAGUACCCUUCCUGCAUGGCGUUCGCGACAUUUCUAGCACGGCGUUUACAGGGUCUUCUUCUUCAACAAAGAGCAGAAAUAGGGAACGGCGGAUUUUUGAAAGAUCGGGAACCACAAGACGGCUCCAAGACUACUCUUACAAGGCGGGUGGCUCUUGUACAUAACAUACACCCAUCUAUUGUUUUUGGGUUUGUGGUUUGUACCUGUCACUUUUACUUGUUGGCUGGUCAGGGCUUUAUUGGGAAACAGAUCCCACGUAUGACUGGGAUGCCGUUGGUGCACCUUAUGUGCUGCCGUCUCAUGGACAUGCCUUUACGACGUCAUGGUGUUCCUGCUUGAAACGCUGCCGCCGUGAGGUCUACUGCCCUUUGCUGAUGAGGUGGUAGCGGUGGGGUUGUGGUUUGUGUAUUAG